GUAUAUACUGUGAUAUUUGAGUAUCACCCAGCCCUUCACUCCAUUCAACCUUCCUUCUGUUUACACAGACGUCUUUAUCUCUGUGUGCCAGUUCAUGUAAUCCCCUUAGACACACCACCUGCAGACUGCCUGUUAUGUAAAGACAGGAAGGAGACAGUAUAAGGACUGAGCAGGCUGUCCUGCAUCAGAUAGCGGAGCACAGGUUGAAGUGUCCAAGCACACACUCGGACAGACCCUCUGUCAGUGGGUUUCCCGUCCUGGGAGUCCAGGAAAAAGGAGUUUGAGAAAAAGUGAUAGCCAAGUGUUAUCUGCCCGUAAACUCAUUCCUGAUAUAACAGGUAGACCAUCACGGAACGCGCCAAAAUGUUUUUCAGGAUCCCAAGACUGACUCCGGGCUACAUCAGGCUGCUGCAGACCCAGGCCUACCACAAUGUGGCUGUGACGCCUCCAGCUGAGAGGACCAUGCCCGGCAUGGCUAUGCUGCUGGGGGCCGUGGGGAUCGGGUUGUGUGGCUACAGCUCCAGGCAGUUGGCCCUCUACCACCGGCCCUCCACCCGUGUGCUGCAGUGGAUUGGCACACACACUGAUGCCAGCAUGGUGUGCACAGUGGCCAAUAGGACCCCCUUCCUGGAUGUUAAUCGCCAGGCUGUUGCUUGCCAGGAGAUCCCACCUCCCUCCUUUGUAGGCCAGAAAGUCCCUGUGAAAUAAUACCCUUUGAUGCUAGGUUGGGUAUAGAUUGGCCAUCACAUAGGUUGAGCUCCAGUAACUACACUUAUGCACAACUAAGAUUGUAGCUAUGCUGGCCCCCAGUGUGGCCCAUGUGCUCUCUGAUGAUGUGCAAGUGUGGAUAUUUGACAGACCUCAACCUUUGUGUUCGCAGGGAGUUAGAGGUCUUAUAGUAAUAAUGAAUUCUGUAACUAGUGCAACACAUAUAAAAGUAGCUGAAAUUAGUGAAAUUAUUAGUGUGGAAUACUAUUGGAUUGUAUCAAUUACUCACAAAUAGAGUAUGUCAUGCACUGAGAGGGCACGAAGCAAUAUGAAUGAUUGGAUGACUACGUAAUGAUGCUGGAACUUCCCAUAUGCUUUUGAAUGUAGCUUGAAGGAGCUAACGUGUUUAAUUUGGAGACAUUGUGUGUCUUUUUGAGGCCUGGCGUAAAGGGACCGACGCUUGGCAGUGUCCCUCUGUACACAGAUGGUUGGCAACUCUCUCUCUGUCCCCUCCCCUUCCCUCCCCAGGCAGACAGCCAUGUGUAAGUGCUUGAGCACCCCAUCCCUGCCCAUGACUUCAAUUGAUUGCCUCUGAGGAGUUGCAGGUGCCAUCAAUCAACAAGCUUUGGCGUUUGCUGGCGCCGUCUGGUCACUGGCUGUCAAUCAAGAAACGAUGGAGAAAGACACAGGUUGGCUUUGUGGCUGAAACAGUGACUGGUGCUUCCUGGGCUCAGAAAAGUUAAAUUCUCCAAGGGUUUGGUCAGGGUGGUGAAAGAAUAUCUGAGUGGCAGGGCACUUUUGUGGAUUGAAACCUCUUCUUUAAAUAUAAGAAAGUUAAAUACAAUUGAUAUCACAACCCGAGUCGCAUAAACAACACAAAUAUACCUUGCUGGAUUAUGAAUCCUAAUUUCCCUUGACCGAGACACUGCGGGUGGCAGGCGGGCAAGGUAGAAUGGUGAUUACUCCUGGAAAAGCCUGUGUCCUUUGUGCGGCUUUACCCAGGUGGAAGAAUCAUUCCUGGAAACAUACGACUUCCCCUAAUCUGGUAUUAGAGACAAGGACCAGUGAGAGGCAGGCAGUCCCUGUGCAUUCCAACUUUGUACCAUUCCCCCUGCACUGUCCACCAUUUGUCCCACUGCCAUACAUGGAUUUAUUCAUUAUAGGAUUGGUGUUUCCUUUUGUGUUUACACCAAAAAUGCAGCAGUGAAAAGGGACUUGAAAUUUGGCGAGACACUGAGCGUGGUUGAGAAUGCGUGCUGUGCCUUACUAUGGAUAGCACAGGGUCAUACUGUCUUUAUCUUUACUGCGUCUUAUUUUUUUUUAUUUUAUUGAAAAUCUACUGAAUAUAGAGUUUUGUGUUUCACAUAUUGUGGUGUGAUGGUAACAAGCCAUAACAAUGCACAGUUUUAUUUCUCCACAAGCAUGGGGACAGGAGGAGGAGGAAGUUCCUUAGUACUCUGGAAAGUUGUGAAGAAUGAGGAUGGUGAGAAAAUUGAGUUUUUCAUCACUUAGAGGUCAGCCAGACCUUGUAAUCAAUUUUCUCAUUGUUUAAGAGCCACCCUUGUCCGUCUGCCAAAUUGGACCAGCGGCUAGUUGAACCCAAUAGUGCGCCCUCCAGAACACUAGCGCAGUAGGUCACCAACAGAAUGUUCGUAAUCCACUCAGCAGAGUGGGCCAAUGGCUCCAACUGGCAUCAGGCACUGAACAAAGAAUUGGUUGCCUUGCUCUGGAUAGAGACUGACACCCAUAAUCAAUUUCAUAAUUGGAUUGUGAUGGUCUCAAAACGACAGGAUACUCUGUAUUACCAUAUUAGCCUAAAGGAAGAUUAGAGAGUAAAUUUGGACUUUUAAAUGUGAAGAUUCAGAUACACGUAUAACUUCACCUGUUCUGAAAUCUAAGUGUGAAAGUAUCUGUCACGCUGGCGCGACCUGCAUUUUAUAGUCAUUUUCAGGCAUUGCACUUCCAUGAGUGUGAAACCAAUGAGAGUGGGGCUGGAGGUUUUGUAAUGCACCUGGCUGCUUUUGAUGGAUUCUCAGUAUACUGCAGUGGUGCACAGUGAGCACAGAGCACUGUGGAAACCUAUUGAUCUCAAUCAGAGAGUGAGGGAGAGCUUGUCUCCUCACUGCAGCAUUGUGCAGUUCAUGAAGGAGAACUGCCAAGACACUGCACUCACAAAAAUGAAUAUCUGGAAACAUGUUUGUUGUUGGAAUAAAAUACAGGAAAUGUUUGAAAGCACAGUAUUCAUCUGUUAGCUUGUUGUGCAUCAGUGCUCAUUCAUUUCAUUCUUGUAAAGCUCCACAAACUCCACUUCAGCUGUGCCCAUUAAAGGAAAGAUUUCUUCUGUUAGCAAUAUAAUUAAUAAUUCAUGAAAAGAUGUUGGAAGAAAUUGAUGAAAUAAAAGUAUUUGGCAAACAUGCUGCUCUACUGUUGCACUUAAUCCCACCUGUGGGUCAGAUUGUUUUUGUACAGUGUUGUUUGAUGAAGUUGUGCUUUUUGUACCAAGAAAUAAAUAUGUUAUAGUCAAUGUGCAGUUCAUGCUGUUUUGCUGUAAUUAGGCUUAGAAAGAUCAGACGCUGGUUUUUCAACUCAAGAAUCAUUCCGUCGUUUAGAAUUCAUAUACCCACACUUGCAGUAUACUGUAGGUCACAGGUUACCCAUGAUGGGCCAUGCUCCAUUGUACAUGGAGAAUUAACAAUCCUAAUGACCUUAUUGUGAACUAAAUUAUCUAAAACUCUCCAAUAUGGAAGAUAUGGUAAGUUAAUAAAUUGGGAAGGGUUGAACAUGUCUUGAGUUUCACAUUAUUCCCUAAAGACGGUUGUUGAUCCAAAGUGCAGUUGCGGAUACUGAUAUUGAUGCUUUAGACUGCAUAAAGUAGACACUGUAGACAUUUUUACCAUUGUUUGUUUAUUCAUCUAUUUUAUUUGUGUCAAACAUGAAAAUUGCUCCAACCAGAUUUCUUAAUGUCACCUACAAUGGAGUCACAAUUAAAGGCUACACAUUAGUGAACAGCAAAUAGGCCCGCUUACAAGAUUGUACAAAAUAAGACGAUAUGUUACAUUUUUGAUAACAAGAAAAGAGCCCAUUUAAGCAGACUGUUAACAAAUGUUUCAGCUUACUAAACACCAGCAUUAAUACAAUACGACGCGUAAUCAGAUUUUGUCCAAAUUGAUACAUAUGGUUCUUUGGAUCUAAAUCUAAAUGAUUUGGCCCCACACAUUACAUGAUACUCUAAUCUAUUAGAGUCUUAAAAUCAUGUAAAAACAUUCUUAAAUGGAGAAAAGAGAGUUGGGUGAAUGUACUUAGUAUUGUAGUGAAUGUACUAUUUGUAUAAUGAAUAAUAUCUAAUGAAAUGUGCAAGUGUUGACUUUCACUUAACUCUGUAAUUUAACAGAGGAACAGCAGGUCAGGGCUUAUAUGGACAACCUUUAGUGUGUUUUUUUUAUUAGUUAUGCUUCAGAUUUAUGCAAAUCCAAUAGUUGCACUGAUGCACUAAUAAAUAGUAAUAAUUUAUGAGCAUACCGUCUUAGUUUAAAUCACUUACAUGCAUGCAAAUGUUACACUAAAACUAUUAUCAGCACCUUUAAAUUCACAUAAUCUGUUUGAUGUAGAAGCCAAACACUUGGGACACUGGGGAAGUUUGAAUACAUUUAACGCUGCUAUUAGAAAAGGUCCAAUAGAAAUGUUCAGCCUGGAGCUGUCUGGUACAGUAGGUCAGUGGGCCAUUAGCCUGUGAGAGCCAGCUUCAUACUGUAUAAGUCAAGAGGUAAGUGAGGAAGGGUCACCACAUCCCAGCGGCAACAGGUCCUCAUAACGCGGCCUAACAGUGCCCUCUAGUGGACACAUCGAGGGGUUAUCGGCGCCGUCGGUCAUCGAUGUCCAGAGUUGAAUUUUUCGCUCUUUGGUUCGAUGUUCGCAUUUAAAUCGCGUUUUGUUCUCUUAUUUAAGAUGUUUCCAGCAGCAAAAUGCUGCUGAGAGGAUGACACUUUAUUCUAAGGAUUCUGCAGUCUAUUUGCCAUUCCUUCUCCUCCGCGAGGAGCCGAGGACACACCAGGGCACUGUGCUUGGUUGAGUUGUGCUGAAAGAAGCAACGCGUGGAGAAGAAGAGUUUACUGGACCCCGAACAAAAGGAUUUGGGAGUUAUUUGUCCGCUUUCAAGGUGCCACUUUAGUCAGGGCUGAGUGAAGGAGCAACAAGCACCUGCAGGGCCCUAUCAGUGGCCCAAACCCCAUUACUGCAGUAUGGGUAACUUUUCCAGCAAGGACGGCCAUGGACCCUCAGGGGCCCAUGGGGAUAGUUUCCACACUCCUCCUGCUUCUCCACAGAGUGAUGGGCCUCCUGUAAUACACGAUGUCCCCCAACUCCUACCCCCUACCUUACCUCAACCUUCCCCUGCAGCCCCGGUCCUAACAUCCAGUGGGAAGAAAGUACAGUCCAGCACUACCCCUUCCAGUCCCCCUUCUGAAUGGAAGCCUCAUCCACCAGUCAGUUCAAAUAGCUCCACCAUUGGCUCUGGAGUUAGCCCCGUGCACAACAAGCCACGAAGUAUUGUGGGUAAAGAGCAAGCCGCUUUUGGGAGGAAUGGGUGUCCCCCUACCUCCACCCCUCGGCCUCUGGUGUCCCAGCAGCAGGCUGUGGCCAUCAGCCCUACAAAGAGCCCCUCUUCUUCGUGGAGUGCCUCACCUGUGGUGGUGGGCAGCUCUUCUGGGCAGAACUGGAGGGAAAGGGACAGUGGUCUGAGUCAGUCUUUACUGCCCGCUCACGAGGCUGGGGGCAGCCUGGGUGAGGAGCUGCAGAAGCUGCUGGAGGAAACUAGUACAACACUGGGUAUCAAUGCCGGUCUGGAUGGGGCCACGAAUGCAGCAGAGAUACUGAAGCAUCUACUGACAGAAGUGAAGAAUUUGAAGAGUACUUUACAGACGGAGCGUGGGGAAUGGCUGCAGUUCCAGGCUGACCUACAGGUGGCGGUGUCAGUGGCAGACCGUUUGAGAGCCGAAGCAGAAGAAGAGCUGACUGUGCUCCGAACGGCGCACAAGGAUGUGGAGAGGGAGCUGGCUGCUUCCCAGCAGAGACAGAAGGAGACUGAUAUGCAACUGGUAACCCUGAGAGGGGAGUUAAAGGAGAGCAGGCAGAGACUGGCAACUCUCACCCAAGCUCCAUGUCAGGAACCAGAGCGGCCCAAUGGAGAACCAACCAACAGCUCUGAAAGCAAAGAAGGGACCCACAGAGGCAGGGAGAGAGGGGUGUACAAGUUGGGGCGAGAAGGGCUGGAGAGUAGGAGUCAGAAUGAAUUGAGGAAGAAUGUUGUCAGCGAGGAGGCCAAACUAGACUGUAAAGGCGUGGCUAAGCGUUACCUGAGAAAUGUGACCAAUGAGGAUAGGACUGGAGAGGAGGUGCGAUCCAGCGAAACACGAAGGACGGUAACCACAGAGAGGUCAAGAAGCUUGUCCAGAUUACCUGCUUCCUCAGGCUCCCUCACCAUGCAGAAUGGAACUUCCCAGCCCGAUACUGCCUCAACAGUUGGACCUACAAACAAGAAUGUGGGGCAACUAAAAGGCCGAGGAAGUCUGGAUUGGCAAGACAGCAGGUCAAGCACUGACAAAGGAAAACGUGAGGAGUCUCUAAAUAAGUACAACUCUGCUCUCACUGAGGUGCCUCUUUCCAAGUCCCAGGAUGGUUUCAACCUGCUGCUGCGUCGCCAUGGAGGCUCCAAGAGAAACUCGCUGCUGCGUUGGUGUCAGAGCCAAACACAAGGCUACGAGAAUAUCGACAUCACCAACUUCAGCAGCAGCUGGGCCGACGGUCUCGCCUUCUGUGCUGUCUACCACACCUACCUCCCCUCACACAUCCCUUACACCUCUCUCACUCCAGAGAACAAGCGGGAGAAUCUGAGUCUGGCAUUCAAAACAGGAGAGACUGUUGGGAUCGCUCAAACCCUGACAGUAGAGGAGAUGCUGAGAGCAGGAGGUCCUGACUGGCAAAGGGUCCUGAGCUACGUGGAGAGCAUCUACCGUCACUUUGAGAUGUGACGGCUGGAGGUACUGACAGACAAUCCCAACAUAGUGGAUCCUAAAGGACACUUUAAAGAAAACAAUAUGAGUUGUGAUGGAUCCCUGAAUACUAUACUUUGCUUUUGCUGUGUGUCCGGAAUAUGGAUAAACUUCUGUUAGCAAAAUGAGAUAUUCAAAGCUACAAUUUGCAACUUUUUGACAUCAAAAUAAAUUAAGACGACUUACUGUCAACAAUUUGCUCCUGUGGAUUUAAGUUCCUCCGCUUGGUUUUCUUUCAUACGCUUCAGAAAAUGUGCUCUGACCAGCUAGAGGCUACGGAAGUGACAAGGCGCAACGUAUUACGUUAUUGGUUUGUUACCACUGUUGUAUGCAUUCUUAUAUUUCUCAUAUACUUAUUCAGCUGACAUUUGACAUACACCAGUAUGUGGUGUGAAUAAUUCAGACCUAGUGAAAGUAGAUAUCAUCAUAAUCUGACCAAAUGAGUAGGACAGGAAGGAUAAACUAAACAACUACCGUUUAAUACAUUUUUUACAUGUUAGAGCGUUUUAAAAUAAAGACUAUCGUUGACCACUGUAGAAAUGAAGAAUAGCUAGAUCUUUUUUAUAGCCUCCUUAUUAAGGAAGGUAGAAUUGCUGUAAAUGUCUCCACACUGGUACUUCACUGGCUGAAACUCUAUCACAUCAUGUACCUUCAUCAAAUCUGUAAGCAGGCCUUAAACUACACACGUUGUAUAUGCCAAUCUGCCUAUGUGUUUAGCUUUUUAACCUCGUCUGUGAUGCUCUGCAAAGAUUCUACUUUUUUCUGGACCUUUAAGCACUCUGUAAAUAAGCACUUUUGUCAGCACCUUUUUGCUGAAUGAAUGUAAUAAGGUACAGUACAGAUGUUGCACAACUGCUGCACUCUUCAAAGGGCUCAGUAGGCAUUCGGUAGAAAUGCUGCAGACCAGUCAGAAGAUUUGUCAAGUUCAAAUUUAUGUUUGUGUUUUCUCACAGAAAACGGUGACUGUGUGGUAAUGAUCAAAAUCUAUGAAGUGCCUCCAUGUUAUCACAAGUGAGCCAGUGCUGUUUAGGCUCUCAGGGAUGUGCAUUACAGGAGUGACUUGAAGCAAAAGCAAAUACAAGCCCACACAGGCUUGCACAUCCAGUUGCUGCAACAUCUCACUCUGUCAAACCUGCAUCCUCAUGGAUGCAACACGCACCCUUGUACUACACCAGUGCUGAGAAACUAAACAACUGUUUUUUGUUUCGACAAGUUUAAAGCUGAGUUUGUUGCCAAAGUCCGUAUGUGCCAAAUAUUGGAAAAUUACUCCUUGGUUGUGAAAAUGGACCAUUGUAAUACAUGUUUAUAUGUAACUAGUGUGGAAAAAAAUUAUACCAAAGAAAUAAAAUGUUAAUAUGGAUCAACUAA